GGGACAGAGGCAGGCCGGCCUGGACCGGCCUGGGGAGGCCCACAGGACUCUCUUCCGCAUCCAGCCCCUCGGAGCCACCAUGAGCCGGCCCCCAUCCCCAGGCCCAGGUGAAGCUGCUCUGGAGACCCUCCUGGGUGACCUCAUCAGCUACUACCGGGAGGGGGCAGGGGAAGGCCGGCUCAGGGUCUGCAGGCAAGCAGCCCUCACCCACAGGGCCCAGCGGCUCUUGGGCAGCGUGGCCCCUCCUCAGCUCUAUCUGCCUGAAGAUGUGGCCUCUGAUCUGGGGGCCACUCACUCCCGGGGGGCGCCCAGCUCUGCCCAGCAUGUCUGCCACAAACUGAUGCAGGCACUAGAGAUCCUGGAGCUAAUCUCUGCCAACCUACUUCUGUUUCCCUGGAGGAAGGAAAUCAGGUCCCUGAAGACGUACACAGGGAACUUCGUCUACUGGGUGAGGCCUGUGCUUUCCGAACACACACUGCACAGCAUUCUGGGCAGGCUAGGCUACGUGGCCACCUCGGAGGCUGAGUUUUCACUGGUCCAGGCCAUCAGCGAGGAGGACACCAAGCAGAUGGUUUUUGAGAUCUUCCUGGCGAGAGUCGCGUGUGAGGCCAUUCUGGGAACCUUGGACGGGCAGGUCCUCGGGCUGGGCAGAGAGAAACUGGCCAGGCCCCACUGCAGGCACAGCUCAGAGAGAAGGCUGGGGAAGGCCCAGAACUGCCUCGAGGGGGCCCGGCCAGGCCCAGGCCCCUCAGAAGAGGUGGGAUCUGAGAGGGCCCAGCCACAGGGCCCUGACGACCAGACCUCUCUGCCUGUGGCCCUGAGCCUGCCUGAGGUCUCAACGACUCUCCAUGGCCCCCUCACUGGCCCCCUGGUCCCCUUGGGCCCCCAACGCCGUGCCAGCACACGCUCGGACAGUGAGGAGUUCCUGACCUGCUACAGUGACCUUGUCCUGCACCGGACACCCUUGUUCCCCAAGGACCUUCCCCUGAGCGGCCUGAAGGGAAACCAACACCAAGGCCCAGCCCUGACCCCCAGCCCACCUUCAGGUGAGGCCGUCACCCCCUCAGGUAGCAGCGGCGAGCAGCCCCCAGUCCUCAAUGCAGCUCCUGAGAGCAGAAGGGUCACCAUCCCCAGCCUGCUCUGCCUGACACCAGGUCCCCAGUUGACAGGGAAGUCCUUGGACCCCGAGCCAGAAGCACAGCUGGAGCUGGCCACCCCUGGCACAGACACUGCUCCUCCAAGCGCCCCCUGUGAGAUGGACGAGCUCUGUGAGCGCCUCUCCCACCUCCUCAGACCCCCAACUCUAGCAGGACAGCCUGGGGGCUUCCCAGGCCCUGGGAUUGAGGAGAAUGGACAAUCAGAGCCUCUUGUGGGGCCAGAGCCAGCCGGUGAGGGUGGCAGCCCAGAGAGUGGGGUCACUGGGCUCUGGGGAUCUACUCAGGCCCCCUCUCAUGUCCGAGAGCCCCCCAGCACUCACUAUGUCCCCCCGGAGGGGCUGGAGAUGCCAGUUCCCACCCGAAGACGCUACCCAAGCAACAGCUGAGGAUGUCACCCCUGGAUGGUACAGGCGCAGACACCUUGACUAUGCAGAUUGCUUUUCUGCCAGGAA